AUGUAUAUUUUGCUAAAUUUACUUUUAGCAGUUUUCCUCAAACAAGCUACCACAGAAUCCAUUCCCAGCUUACAAACAGGUAAAAGUCUUUCCGUUACUCAAGAAUCUGAAUGAUCUUAUUUUCAAUUAAUUUUAAACUCCCCAUCAAAAGUGUAUAUACGAGUUUCCCUUAAAAUAUUACAAAAACCUGACACUUCAGAGCCAGUUUUAUCAAUAGGCCAUGAUCUGCCUUCUUUUUCUUCUGGCGGAUUAUCAGUAAAUGCUGAUAUGAUUGAUUAUGAUGGAUGGUUUACCCAGUGUGGUUACCAUUCCUUAAUAUUCCAAAGUUCCUCAAUAUCAAGUUCUUCUGUCACUUAUAUAGGAAUCAGCAAUUAUAACUAUGAAAAAGGACAAAUUUCAUACAAAAUCUCCAUAGAAGAAGAUGACUAUAUUCUUUGUCCACAGGACUGUAAUUCAAGAGGGGUUUGUGUGUCUCUUAAUGUAUGUGAAUGCCAAAAUGGGUACAUUGGAGUUGGCUGUGAAAGCCAAGCUACUGAAAUUACACAAAAUAAUUUAUAUUCGCUGAAUGCGCCCUGCCAAGGAGUAAAUUAUGCUUAUAUAAAUCGCCAGAAGGUAUCAGACGAUGCAUUAAAAUUUUAUUUUGGGUGGACAAAGUACUCAGGCAGACUGUUUUGGGAUUAUAAAGGAAGAGGAGUUGCUGAGCUGCCGUCACCUAGAAAUUAUUUUUAUCAAGUUUUACUGCCUGACUAUAAUUACAGCUUAAAGGUGGAUCUCGACGUAAAAAUGAUGUCAAAUAUGAUUUAUAUGGCACUUUAUAAUGACUUGAACUGCACAAGUGAAAAUUUUAAUUUGUAUGUAAAAUUGUCUGGGAGCUCAUUAUACCCUACAGUGUUAAUUAGAAAAAAUAAAUAGCGUGACUGGCGAGUUUUUUUACUUUAUGGUAAUCGCCAUUUUCGGACUGAUUUAUAUAAGCCUUAAAGCGCUUUAGUAAGGUAUAGAAGAAAAUGAUAUCCUGGUUUAUGUUUUACCAACACUGGGUGUAUUAUUAUUCAUUAUUGUAGUUAUAUUAGGUGUUAUGUAUUAUAAACAUCGACGCCAUAGAAAAAGAAGUAUUGGGCUUUCUUUAACGAAGAUAAAUGAAAAAUUCCCAUUAGUCCAGUAUUCAGAAGUUUCUAGCAAAACUUCAGACAAAAAUUGUGCCAUUUGUCUUGAUGAAUUUUUAGAGAAUUCUCUUGUAAGAAAAUUAUACUGCAAUCAUAUAUACCUUUAUCCUUAUAAAUACCUAAGCUUUAUGCAUAUUUUCCUUAUAAAUUAAAAAAAAAUUACUAUAAAUAUAUCAGUAAAAUUAGCCUAGGCAGAAUAUUCCAUGAUCAUUGCAUAAAGCGCUGGCUUAAAAUGAGCAAAGUAAUUACCAUUUAGAUUUGCUACAUCUGCAAACAAGACUGUGCAGGGUCUCCUGAAGAGCUUCUUGACGUAACUCAAGAAAAAGAAAUUUAUGCGCGUCCUAAUACAGUCAGAACUUAUCGAGAUGAAGCAGCCCAGCCAGUUGAAAUCCUGAGCCCAGAUGCAUAA